CUCAUUUUGGGAAUAUUGACUGUAAAUCAUUAAGAGUUUAUACCAUUAAAAAUUUAGCUUGUUUUUACAGGACUUAAUAACUCCGUCCAAUUCAAACAAUUGUAAUUACAGGAAAUUUUAAAGACAUCGAUACUAUCGAUGAUAUCAAUAUUCUGUUGAAUACUUCUUUUGUACAAGGAAAGGUCAAUACUUACCUUUCCUUGUUACCUUUCUUAUACUUGCCUUAAACACCUGAGUGCUGUUACGCUUAUUUUGUUUUUAUCAAUAAAUGUAGAAAAUAGUUUUUAAGUUUUUCAAAUUUCAAAAAAAACUUUAAUUGAUUGUGGCAGCUACAAUGAAUCUCACUUUUAUACUCAUCAAUUUUGUUUUUCUAUUAUUUUUCUCAAACCGAGUAAAUGGUUUAGAGUGCUAUGUUUGCUCCAAUCAAGAGGAUAAUAAAGAUAAAUGUGUUGAAACCGUUAAAAAUUGUGACCAUGGUCAAGAUAGAUGCCUGUCACGAAUUCGUUGGGGAAGUACACCGUAUUGGGCUCCCAGUGGCGAAAAACAAUAUUAUAUAACGAAAAAAUGUGCCUCCAAAGAUGUUUGCGACCAAGAAUAUAAAAAACAUUUAUCCAGGUGUGAUCGGAUCUGGUAUAACGACUGGGAAUGUGUUGAAUGUUGCACCGGUGAUAGAUGCAAUUACUUUGUUACUCUCAAAGCCACUUCAACUUAUCCAAGUAUUUUAAUCAUUUCAAUGUCAGCUUUAAUUGCUAUUGUAUUUUUCAAGUGAACUAGCAUUUCCACAGUUUAAUAUCACGAGCAAAAGUGCUCAAAGACCAAAUCUAAGUUAAUUUAAGUAAUCACUAUGUAAAUAUCUCCUGUACCAAUUGUUCAUUUUUCUUGUAUCUUUAAAUUUACUCUUUUCUAAUUUUUUACCUUUCACCACACUCACUCAAUCUGAAUCCAUCUUGAAUUAGAACAAGAUGCAAAAUCAUGACAACUUGCUCCUCUUAUCAACUACAGGUGCCUGUAUGUGGUUUAAGAUUGCAUUCAAUCCAACCCUGAUCAUGCAUCUUGAUUGCAAUCUAACAACACUAUUUUUAUUAAAUUUCAAUUACUGAAAUAA